AUGCCAAGAGGGUCAUAUGGUUAUAUGAGUGGUACAUCGAUGUCGACCCCCACUACUGCCGGUGUCGCGGCUUUGCUGGCUACUCUGGGUCUCAAAGGCCAGGAUAUAACGGACAUCAUCAUAAAUUCUAGGACAACUGGUAUCCCCAAUGAGUUCAAUCUAUCUGACAUCGGAGAGGUGGACACUCUCAAGGCCGUUCAAAUGGCUCUCAAGCAAGUGAUCAGCUUCGCAGCGA